GCUUGUGCAUAAAAUUGGACGGAAAUUUAGGUCAUUUUGACUGAUCCCUGUCUAGAUAAACUCGACGGCAAGUCGAACAGUUUAACUGUCAAUGUCACGGUAGGUCACCCCUAGACAAACCUGUGCAGACGAAGGAAGAUAAUCAUUCCUUCUAAGAAAGAGGCGGACCCGAACUGCUUGUCUAAAGCCACAUCGCAUUAUCCGAUCGUCAAUUCCUGGGAUACCACACUCGUAUCUUUUAUAUAUUUCCCGAAUGUUUAUAAAGGUCUUCAGAACAUACAAGCGUGCCGUCAGGCUGAAGUUCUUCCCCAUCGGCGUUACUCGAAAGCCCCUCGGACCCAUCUCAUAUCACCUCCUAUAACUCAUGCAUCUAUCAUCGCUCGCCGUCAUGGCUGCUUUGACAGCAUCUGUGUACAUCAGUACAACCCUAGCUACUUCCAACGAUACUUGUCUUGCCGUUGGCAAGUAUUGCGAUGAAGACUCUCAGUGCUGCUCUGAUGCGUGCACAUGGAAAAGUGAUUGCACUGAAAAAUAUUGUGUUGCUAUCGACAAUAUACUGGAUCUCGAGGAGCUGAGACGUGCUUACAUUAGUCAGCUUGAAAAUGAUUGCACGUUUCGCUGCAUCCUUGAUAUGCAUCGUAUGUAUUGCAACACCUUUCGCCCGAGUCUGUAUCCCUCUUUCAUUCUCCGUCUCAUCGUCUAACAAUCCUCUCCGUACGACGUCGUUUCACCCAGCAUACGUUCUACCGCCUUUGUUUAACACGUACCUAACGAUAUGCCAUAGAUGUUCUCUCUUCGUUUCUAAUAUAAACAUUUCUACUCGUCAGGGUAGUGAUUUGACGCAUGAGUGAAAAAAUACUGCAGCUAUCGAACCACAAACAUCACUAUAAGUUGUUACACCGUGUAAAUUCCACUCAAUAUGACAUUGUCCUCACCUUU